ACCCUCACCUCCCUGUCCUUGCCCUGCGCUGCACCGAGCACUGCACACUAUACACCGCAGCACUGCACCACACACACACGCACCUACAACAGACCACACCGCCCGCCCGCCAUGCCGCCCAAGGCGGACUGGGAGAAGUACUCGGGCCCCAAGGGCGACAAGAAGGACGACGAGCCCAUCGUCGCGCUCGACGAGGGCGACAUCCAGCUGCUCAAGACGUACGGCCAGGGGCCCUAUGCGGCACAGCUGAAGAGCAUCGAGCGCGAGAUCAAGGAGGUGCAGGCGCGCAUCGCCGAGAAGCAGGGCGUCAAGGAGAGCGACACCGGCCUCGCGCCGCCCAACCUCUGGGACAUUCCCGCGGACAAGCAGCGCAUGGGCGAGGAGCAGCCGCUGCAGGUGGCGCGCUGCACCAAGAUCAUCAAGGCCGGCGAGGGCAGGGACAAGGCGGCGGACAGCGCGCCGGACGCGGCGGCAGCGCCGGGCGGGGCGGGCGGCGCGCUGGGCGGAUUGGCGCGCGCUCUCGGCGGAGCGGCGCCCGGUGGCGGCGCACAGCCGGCGGCCGAGGAGGAGGACAAGUACGUCAUCAACGUCAAGCAGAUUGCCAAGUUUGUCGUCGGCCUCGGCGAGCGCGUGGCGCCGACGGACAUUGAGGAGGGUAUGCGUGUGGGCGUCGACCGCAACAAGUACCAGAUCCAGAUCCCGCUGCCGCCCAAGAUCGACCCCAGCGUCACGAUGAUGCAGGUCGAGGAGAAGCCCGACGUGACGUACGGCGACGUCGGCGGCUGCAAGGAGCAGAUCGAGAAGCUGCGCGAGGUCGUCGAGACGCCACUGCUGAGCCCGGAACGCUUCGUCAAGCUCGGCAUUGACCCGCCUAAGGGUGUCUUGCUCUUCGGGCCGCCCGGCACGGGCAAGACGCUCUGUGCGCGCGCCGUCGCCAACCGCACGGAUGCGACGUUCAUCCGUGUCAUUGGCAGUGAGCUGGUGCAGAAGUACGUCGGCGAGGGCGCACGCAUGGUGCGCGAGCUCUUCGAGAUGGCGCGCACCAAGAAGGCAUGCAUCAUCUUCUUUGACGAGGUGGAUGCCAUUGGCGGUGCACGAUUCGACGACGGUGCAGGAGGAGACAAUGAGGUGCAGCGGACGAUGCUCGAGCUCAUCAACCAGCUCGACGGCUUCGACCCGCGCGGCAACAUCAAGGUGUUGAUGGCGACGAACCGGCCCGACACGCUCGAUCCCGCCCUGCUACGGCCCGGCCGUCUGGACCGGCGCGUCGAGUUUGGCCUGCCCGACAACGAGGGCCGCGCGCACAUCCUGCGCAUCCACGCGCGCAGCAUGAGCGUCGAGCGUGACAUUCGCUUCGACCUCAUUGCGCGUCUGUGUCCCAACACGACGGGCGCCGAGCUGCGCAGCGUCGCCACUGAGGCGGGCAUGUUUGCCAUCCGUGCACGGAGGAAGAUGGCGACGGAGAAGGACUUUCUCGAGGCCGUCGAGAAGGUGGUGCGGCAGGGCAGCAAGUUCUCCAGCACGGGCCUGUACGCGCAGUACAACUGAGCUGGCGAGAUGGGAGG